GGAGGGCCGACCGCAGUGCACAUCUGGUUUGUUUACAUACAUCAACUGUUCGUGUUCCAGCACGGGCGAAAGCUGGGCUGCAUUUUCUACGCCGUUGCACUUACGCAGGCUAAGUGUGUCAGUAUUAUUCCCACGCAAAAAAAGAAACAAAAAAAAAACAACAAGGAACGACUGUUUUGUACGGGUACUAUAGUGUUUAGUGUUUUGGUGCUGUGUUGUUCAAUGCUUAUCAUCCGCACGUGCAUCGGUACCAUCGCAACGGUAGUAAGGUUGCACACUGCACCAAGCAAACCAGCGAAGAGAAGGUGCAUCUGCAGCAGCACUGCACCAGCAUCAUUUGCAUUCCGGUGAAAGUGGCCAAGGGGGUUGUGUGCAUGCAAGCAGGAGCAGCAACACGCUCACCAACAUUCCAGCGAGAUCGGUCCCAGUAGUCGUAGUAAAGUAAAGUAAAGUAAUCGCCGUGUAGGAGCGCCCUUUUUCGGCCCACCUCUCUCCUUUCCUUCCCUUUCUCUACCUACUGCUGCGAGCCCAACAACAUCAACAAACUAAACGGUGGUCGUCUUAAGGGUUAGCCGAACCCCCUUAAUGCGCUUCUCGCUGCGUCCGUUCUCGAAUACUGGCGUAAUGCUCGACUUCAGCUUUACGCUGUUCGUGUCGGUGCUGCUCGGGCUGGGCCUGAUGUGGCUCGCCGGGCGGUACUUCCUGAAGGAGGACGUCGUGUACAUACCGGAUAACUGCCGCCGCCACGCCUGGAAGUCGGUGAAGCUGCUGGCGCGCAGCUGCGUCUGUUCCGUGUGCGAUACGUCCAUGUCCUCGAACGGGCAUUUCUGCGAGAGCUGCGGCGUCUGCUCGGACAACGGGUGCGUGCGCAAGGCGGACGAGAAGUUCCCCUGCAAGCAGCUGCGGAUUCGUACGCGAGCGGACGACGGCUCCACCUGUCGGCACCUGUGGGUGAAGGGCAAUCUGCCGCUCGGGUCGGAGUGCUGCGUGUGCCGGGAGGAUAUCGAUCAGACCUCGGAGCUGGGGCUGUUCGGGCAGCGGUGUGCCUGGUGCCAACGGAUGGCACACGAUAAGUGCUUCAGCGAGGUGUCCUCGACACUGUGCGAUUUUGGCCCGUUUAAGGAGAUGAUCUUUCCACCGAAAUGCAUACUGGCGUCGCGCAGUAAGGUCGCCCAGAAGGUGCAUCUGACCGGGAUUAUACCGCCUGAAUGGAAGGCGAAUUGGCGACCACUGAUCGUGGUUGCAAACUCCAAAUCCGGCAGCAGCGGUGCCGACCAGGUCGUGGCCCUCAUGCGCGGCAUCCUUCAUCCGCUGCAGGUGUUCGAGCUCGGUCAGCACGGGCCGCACGAAGCCCUGCAGUGGGCCAUACACGCGGCGCCCACCCGCUGCCGCAUACUGGUUGCCGGCGGUGACGGCACAGUAGGCUGGGUGCUGAACACCAUCUUGCAGAUGAAGGUUGAGCCACAUCCGGAGGUGGCCAUACUGCCGCUCGGCACGGGCAACGAUCUGUCCCGCGUGCUCGGAUGGGGUGCCGAAGGGCCGGACGAAUUCGAUCCCAUCGAUUACCUGACGCGCAUUGCACAGGCGGAAACGGUACAACUGGAUCGCUGGCUGGCGGAAAUCAACACACACUCCAGCUUGGCAAGGUUUCACGUGCCCGGUUUCAGCCAGUCGCGCCACUUUUACAUGUACAACUAUUUGUCGGUCGGGGUGGACGCGCUGGUCACACUGAACUUCCACAAAGCCCGGGAAAGUUCGUUCUAUCUGUACAGUAGCCGGUUUGUGAACAAGCUACUGUACCUUUGCUUCGGCACGCAGCAAGUGGUGCAGCAGGACUGUGUGGAGCUGGAGAAGCACCUGGACCUGUACCUGGACGGUGUGCGCAUCGAUUUACCUUCCCUGCAGUCCGUCGUCGUUCUGAACAUCGAUUCUUGGGGUGCCGGCGUUAAGCUAUGGGAGAUGAGCAAAAACUCUCCCACGCACAGCAUAAUGAAGGAAAUUCACAGCAUUUCCGACGGCAUUUUGGAGGUGUUCGGUGUGGUUUCGUCCUUCCACAUAGCUCAGCUGCAGGUGGGCCUCAGCAAGCCGGUCCGCCUCGGGCAGGCAAAAAGUGUGCGCAUCGUCCUAAAACGAACGCUCCCGAUGCAGGCGGACGGGGAACCGUGGAUGCAAUCGCCCUGUGAUAUUAACAUUCAACACUACGGCCAAGCGACGAUGCUGAAGGACGUAAAGAAUUGAGCCUUUACGUACGCAAGCUGCCAUUCACGAUUACUUAAAAAAAGGCGGAUCGAAUCUAAGGUGUUGAUCGAACCACGCUCCACUCAACAGGAAUCUCCAAACACGUGUUGGUCUCUCGCAUCUUAUUAUUACUGUAGCGUAGUAGUGUAGCGUCGCGCCUCACGCAAACGGGUUAUUAUUCGCGAACCAAGGAAUUGACGGAGAAGCCAAAGUCCCUAUUUAUUGUUGAAUUUUCGCACGUGUCUGUGCGUCGUGUGUGCGUGUGUGUGUUUGUUGACAAUGUGUGUCAGUGGGUAAUCUUUGCUUGCGCUCAGUAUUGAAUCGAAGCAAUCCACGUUUUUCUUGUUGUUCCACCUUCUCACUAUAUAAACUUAUUAGGCUGUAUAA